CUCUGCCGGAGGAGGAGGAGGAGGAGGAGGGCGGCGAGAGGGGCGAGAGGCCUGGCGAGUAAGUGGGAGCAUCGAGGGUCCCGGGCGGCCGGGGCUUGCGGUGGACGUACAUUUCAGCAUCAAAACUAGGAAAAAAUAGGAAGGAAUGGCUGUGGAGGAACUUCAUUCCAUAAUAAAGAGAUGUCAAAUCCUAGAAGAGCAAGACUUUAAAGAGGAAGAUUUUGGCCUGUUUCAGUUAGCAGGCCAAAGAUGCAUAGAUGAAGGGCACAUAGAUCAGCUAUUAGAAAUCAUUCAAAAUGAAAAGAAUAAGGUCAUCAUUAAGAAUAUGGGCUGGAAUCUUGUUGGUCCUGUUGUUCGAUGCCUUUUAUGGAAUGAUAAGGAACAUGAUAAAAGAAAGUAUUAUUUUCUGAUGCUUGAUUUAUUGGUAAAGUUAUGUAAUCCAAAGGAAUUAUUGUUGGGUUUGCUUGAGCUGAUUGAAGAGCCCUCUGGAAAACAGAUAUCCCAAAUUAUUCUUCUUUUACUUCGGCCAUUACAAACAGUGAUUCAGAAACUUCGUAACAACAAGGCAUAUUCAGUUGGAUUAGCAUUGUCUACGCUUUGGAGUCAACUGUCUCUCCUUCCUGUUCCAUACUCAAAAGAACAAAUACAAGCAGAUGACUAUGGCCUUUGUCAGUGCUGCAAGGCCUUAAUAGAGUUCACUAAGCCUUUUGUGGAAGAUGUCAUUGAUAACAAGGAAAACUCAAUGGAAAAUGAAAAAUUAAAGGAUGAAAUACUGAAAUUUUGUUUCAGAAGCUUGAAAUGCCCUUUGCUGACAGCACAAUUUCUUGAGCAGUCUGAUGACACUGGAGAUGAUCCUUUAAGGUGUUUUGCAUCUGAAAUAAUAGGAUUUUUAUCAGCAAUUGGACACCCUUUCCUCAAAAUGAUUUUUAAUCAUGGAAGGAAAAGGAAGACUUGGGAUUAUCUUGAAUUUGAGGAAGAAGAAGACAAACAGUUAUCAGACUCUAUGGCUUCUCUGGCGUAUCUAGUAUUUGUACAGGGCAUCAGUAUUGAUCAGCUUCCAAUGGUCUUAAGGACUUCCAAAACUAUGUUGAAUGAUAGUGGUGAGAGUGGACAUCCUUGUCUCGUUCCUGAUCUUAGAGGAAAUGCUUCCAGUUUUUCACCAUUGAGAAUGAUGUUUGCUGUGGGUUUGUCGUACAUGGCCUUUAUUACGUUGAGCCCAUCAUACCUUUUGCAGUUUAAUAUGGGGCAUAUUGAAGUCCUUUUACAAAGAACAGAGGAGUCUGUUUUCUCCAAAGGAUUGGAUCUGUUGGAGAAUGGUUUAUUGAGAAUAGAGGACAACAGUCUACUUCACCAGUACUUAGAAAUCAAGAGUUUUCUUACUGUACCUCAGGGCUUAGUCAAAGUAAUGACACUCUGCCCCACUGAGACAUUGAGGAAAAAGGGUUUAGCUAUGCUUCAGCUGUAUAUUAACAAGUUGGAUCCACAAGGGAAAUAUACUUUAUUUAGGUGCUUAUUGAAUACAAGUAAUCACUCAGGUGUGGAGGCCUUUAUUAUUCAAAAUAUCAAAAAUCAAAUUGACAUGUCAUUAAAGAGAACAUAUAACAAAUGGUUUACAGGACCGCAGCUGAUUUCCCUUCUAGAUUUGGUACUUUUUCUCCCAGAGGGUGCUGAAACAGAUCUACUGCAAAACUCAGAUAGGAUAAUGGCUUCAUUAAACUUACUGAGGUAUUUGGUUAUCAAAGAUAAUGAAAAUGACAAUCAAACUGGAUUAUGGACAGAACUCGAAAAGAUUGAGACUAAUUUCUUAAAGCCACUCCAUACAGGUCUUAAUAUGUCAAAAGCACAUUAUGAAGCAGAAAUUAAAAAUAGCCAAGAAGUCCAGAAGUCUAAAGAUCUUUGUUCUAUAACUGUAGGUAGAGAAGAGAUCCCGAAUAUGCCUCCUGAAAUGCAGCUUAAGGUCCUACAUUCAGCUCUUUUCACAUUUGAUUUGAUUGAAAGUGUUCUGGCUCGAGUAGAAGAACUCAUUGAAAUAAAAACAAAGUCUACCUCUGAGGAAAAUAAGGGAUAAAGUGAAAGCUCCAUCCCCUAAAUAAAAACUAGUAAUAUACUAUAUUAUUUUCCAUUAUGUUUAUUUAAUACCUUUAUAAAAGCUUUUCUGUAAAACACACUGAUAGAAAAUAAAUGUAGCUUUUCUCAUUUAUCCGUUUCAGCAAUGACACAUUAUGGAUCAGUAGUAUUGUUUGGUUUUAAA